AUGGGGUACGAUGUGGGGAGGUUGAUGGUGGCGGUGUGUCUGUUCGUGGGGGCUGGAGUUUGCGAGAUUGGGGGAGGGUGGCUGGUGUGGAAGUGGCGGAGGGAAGGGUGGGGUUGGGGUUCCCUCGCCGCCGGCUUCCUCCUGCUCCUCCUCUACGGCGUCGUCCCCACCUUCCAGGCCCAGCCCUUCGGCCGCACCUACGCCGCCUACGGCGGCUUCUUCAUAGCCCUCUCCCUCCUCUGGGGAUGGGCCUUCGAUUCCUUCCUUCCCGACCGGUGGGACCUCCUUGGUUCUGCUCUCGCCCUUCUCGGCGUCUCCCUUGUCAUGUUUGCCCCGAGAAGAUCCGGCGCGCAGACUCAGAUGAAUCUGUUGCAGUAG